AUGUGUGGUGGGGUGGGGCCGGAGCGGGUCUGUGGGGAGCCGGAGCGAGUGUCGGGGGUGGGGUCCGGAGUGGGGGCGGAGCGGGUGUCGGGGGGGUUGGAGGUGGGGCCUGGAGCAGCCCGGCGAUGGACGGCGCCCGCCCCGCCCGCGGCCCGGCCUGCUGCUGCCGCUGGCCUGGCGCUGGCGCUGAGCGGGGCCCGCUGGGCCGGCGCCGGCGACUGCAAGGGGCAGCGCCAGGUGCUGCGGGGCACCGAGGGCUUCGUCAGCGACGGGCCGGGCAACUACUCUGUGAACGGGAACUGCGAGUGGCUGAUCGAAGCCCCCAGCAGCCGGCACCGGGUGCUCCUGACCUUCCUGUUCAUGGACACCGAGUGCACCUACGACUACCUCUUCGUCUACGACGGCGACUCCCCGCGCUGCCCCCUGCUGGCCAGCCUGAGCGGCAGCACCCUGCCCCCCCCCCUGGAGGCCGCCUCCGGCAAGAUGCUGCUGCACCUGUUCAGCGACGCCAACUACAACCUGCUGGGCUUCAACGCCAGCUACCGGGUCUCGCUCUGCCCCCGCGGCUGCUCCGGCCACGGCGCCUGCCAGCCCCACGGCCAGUGCCAGUGUCGGCCUGGCUGGGGGGGGCCGGACUGCGCCGUGCCCCCCUGCGCCAGCUACUGCCUGGGCCACGGGGCCUGCGACCAGGAGUCUGACCGGUGCCGGUGCCAGCCAGGCUUUGUGGGCGAGGCCUGUGACCUGGCGCUGGGCGAGAACCAGGGUGCCGGGCGCUGGUACAACCUGAGCUCGGGGGACCCCCACUUCCGGCCCCGCACGGCUGCCGCCGGCGCCGUCCUGCCCCCCACCGGGGCGCUCUACAUCUUCGGGGGGCUGGACCUGAACACGGCGCUGGGCGACCUCGUCAUCUACAACUUCACCUCCAACCUGUGGAGCGCCGGGUGCUGAGCCCCUCCCGGU